CGCUCGUGCUCCAAUACUCCUCCGAGUCACACUGAGCUGACGUUUGCGGGCCUGGAGUCUGGACAUCUGUGUUACAGAGAAAAACAUCCAAGAAUUAUUCAGAAAUACUACGACGAGCGCGUCGCCACCGAGACCAAGGGAUGGAGUUCCCUGUGGAUGUGCUAGAUGCCAUGAGUCAUGGCGAGUUAGAGCGCUCAGCCCGCAGCUACAUGAAUGAGUUGCUUUAUGCUGAUCCUGAUCAAGCCCAUUACUUUACUCUGCCAGGUGGAAAGAAGGUUCAGAUCAGUCUGUCCAGUGUUGGCUUUGUUCCUCUGUAUGGAGCCAAUCUCCAGCACAAAGUCCUGGCACUGUUCACCCCACAGGACCAGCUCACAGCUGUGGCUUUGUUUUUAGACAAUCAGUGGUACGCCGUGGAAGAUAUCCUCAAAACGGCAAACUCCAGGCGAGAAGGACUUAUCAAGGUGAGAGCUGUGGGCGAGAGAAUCGUCCUGUAUGUGUUAAACCGCAUUGUUUACCGCACUAAUGAGAUGGAAAAGGGAGAGAUGCCCUUCCUGUGCCACAGUGAAAACGAGCAUGCCAAAAUCUUCUGGAAGAGUGGCCAGGCUGUGGGAUUUUACUCGGUCAAACCGAAAGGGACUGUUUGUAAUAACUAUUUGAGGCAAUGCUACUUCCUCCCUGUGAUGGACUCCAUAUUUGUGAGGAAAGCUCACCGGGGGAAAGGCUAUGGGCUGCGGAUGCUGGAGGAUUUCGUGGAUUCUUUUAAUGAGGAUGAGCUUGGCCUGAAGUACCCUUUGACUCCAGCUAUGACAAAUGUGUGUAGGCGUUACCUGGAUCGUUACCCUGCUGAUGUGGACAUGUUUUGGGAGGUAGAGGGAAUCGGUGGCCCCUACCAGAGGACCAAAGUGGCUUAUAAACUCACCACUAGACCACUGAACGGUAGAUACUUGGUAGAUGCUCAUAAAGGUGGCCAUGCAGAGGAUAAUGGGCAAAAUGGAGAUAUUGUGGAGGAUCAUGUGGAGGAAUCGGAGGAGACCUCUCUUAACAUUACUGAGGAGGUUAUCAAGCAUCAUAAAGUUACUGAAGAGAUAGACACACCAGUCUCCACACGCACCCGUAGCAGUGAGCACAGGCGGAGGAAGCGAGUUCGAGAGGAAGAGGAGGCAAAGGGGGUGGAUAGCCGACCAGACAAAAUAAACAGGUUGGAGGUGGCAGAAGAGGAGCAGAAGGAAAUUGUCCCUGAUGAUGGUGGGAUAGUUGAAUCAGUGCCUAAGGCUCCUACUGAGACACCGACUGUGGAUGUAAAUAACAUGCAGGCUAAAGAUAAAACUGAGGGAGCAGAAAAAGAGGAUGUCCAGAAUGGCACUGCCAGCAAGGAACAAGGAGAGAUGGAGGUUGAGAAACUCAAGGCUCCUGUACGAAAGGUUGUAUUGGCACAAGAUGACACUCAAACAGUGGAACCCUCCGAGGAGCCAGCUGCAGAACAACAGGAAGAAGCACCUGUAGCUGAAGAUGACCAAGAAAUGGAAGUAGGUACUCUAGCUCACGUGCAGCAAAACAAGCAGGAUGACCCUGCAUCUGAGGAGAAAACCUUUCCCGAAAAUGAAAAGAACGAAGUAGAUGCACAAGUAGUUCCUGCAGAUAAGAAACAGGAACUAGAUUCUGGAGCUCAUAAGGAACUAGAAGUAGCUUCUGCAGCUCAUGAGAAACAAGAUGUAGCUCCAGCAGCUCAUGAGGAGCAAGAUGCAUCUUCUGCAGCUGAGACCAAACACAAGGUGUCUCCAGCAGCUGAGACCAAACACAAGGUGUCUCCAGCAGCUGAGACCAAACACAAGGUGUCUCCAGCAGCUGAGACCAAACACAAGGUGUCUCCAGCAGCUGAGACCAAACACAAGGUGUCUCCAGCAGCUGAGACCAAACACAAGGUGUCUCCAGCAGCUGAGACCAAACACAAGGUGUCUCCAGCAGCUGAGACCAAACACAAGGUGUCUCCAGCAGCUGAGACCAAACACAAGGUGUCUCCAGCAGCUGAGACCAAACACAAGGUGUCUCCAGCAGCUGAGACCAAACACAAGGUGUCUCCAGCAGCUGAGACCAAACACAAGGUGUCUCCAGCAGCUGAGACCAAACACAAGGUGUCUCCAGCAGCUGAGACCAAACACAAGGUGUCUCCAGCAGCUGAGACCAAACACAAGGUGUCUCCAGCAGCUGAGACCAAACACAAGGUGUCUCCAGCAGCUGAGGAUGAACAAGCAGUAGCAUCAACAGUAACGGAAAAUCAGGAAGAAAUAGCUUCUGGAUCGGAAGAGGAACAGGAAAGAGCCCCUGCAGCUAAGGAGAAACAAGAUGAAGAUGCUGUAGAUGCGGAGGAUCAGGAAGGUUCUUCUUCAGUUGAGGAGGAGCAAGGAGUGGCUUCUGAAAUAGAAAAUAAUGAACCAAAUUUUGCUGUUGAGGAGGAAAACAAAGUAGCUUCUGAAACUAAGGAUAAGGAAGUAGCUCAUUUCAUUGAGGAAAUGUCUUCACUUGGCACUGAUUCUGAGGGAGAAACAGGACAGGAUGAGGAUAUGGAUUUAAUGAAUAUGUUAGUGAGUGACCUGUCUGAACAGUCUUUUAAUAAAGAAGAGAGGCAAUCCACUGAGGAGAAGAUAGGCAGCCUACUAUUGGUGGAGGAAGAGGAGGCAACUCAAAAGGAUGAUGAGAUAGAUGAAGAGGGAGAGGAAAAGAAUCUAAAUGACACUUCGGAUUUUUCAAAGGUUCUCUGUGAGGCCAUAACCAAAACGGUGCCUCUGACCUCCAAACGCACCUCCAAGAGACUGAGCAAGAUGGUACUGGAUGAAGAAGAAGGAGAACAGGAAAGAGAGUUGAAAGGGGUAGAAGAUGACAAGGGAAUGAGCACAGAGGAAGAAAAACUGACAACAGAGGAGGAGGCUGAGCACAGUUCGGAGGACGAGCAAGUCCAUGAUCCACCAGUGAUUGACAGGAGGGUGUUGAGAAGGAAAACCAAAGUGAUCCAGACCAAGCAGCGGACCAGAUCUAAGCGACGUGGCAAGAUGUGAAGACACAUCACGUACACAUAUUCUCAAUAAUACAAUAGUUAUUUCAAAUGUAAGGUUCCAAUACACAGAACAGCACAGAAGAGGCUUAAAGCACGUGUGUGUGUGUGUGUGUGUGUGUGUGUGUGUGUGUGUGUGUGUGUGUGUGUGUGUGCGCAGAUUAUACAGUCUACAUAAACACACACGACUGAGCUUAAACCUGAUGUGUGCGGGGUUUUAUGGGGCUACAUUUUUAUAUUGAGGUUUGGAGUUAAAAUAAUUCACUGUUAACUUCUACUGUAACUGUUACUUAAGCUUUUUGUUAACACAGUUUUUAUUAUGAAAAUAGUUAAGAACAUGUUUUGUAUAAAUUAUUUCAGAUAUUUCUGUCCUUCCUAAACACAAACAUUUACUAAUAAAGCUAAUUUAGCCAUUACGAUUA